UUCAGAUUCCACAAAAAUACAAACCAAACUUUUCUUUCAUUUUUUCCCAGAAAAUAUAAGUAAAUGAUAACGAAAUUUCUCACACCUUCAUUUCGAUCGCUUCGCUUCUUCAACUCUCCUCCUCUCUACUUCUUCUUCGAAUCCCUAAAGUACUCUUCAAUGGCGGAAGUAGAUAACAAAUCUAACGCUGCACCGGUAUCGGACGACGAGCUCUACGGAUUCAAACGGGAGGAGAUGUACACCGGCACCCUCGCCGGCUCCGUUGGUCCGUACGGUCGCCACGUUUUCCUCUGCUACAAGAGCCACGAGACCUGGCUUCCUCGCGUCGAAACCGAAGGUCUUCCGCAGCGUUUCGCUAAGUCGUUCAAGGAUCGCAGAGCUGAUUUCGCCGUUAAGACGAACCUGACGGUGUGCGGUGGAGGUGAAUCGGACGGAGAUGUGUUGAUUUUCCCGGAGAUGAUCAGAUACAAGGCGAUUAAGGAGACUGAUGUGGAUGCUUUUGUGGAAGAUGUGCUUGUUAAUGGAAAACCGUGGACCUCUGGGGUUCAGGAAGAGUUAUCAGGUUCUUUUGUGUUUGUGUGUGCUCAUGGAAGCCGUGACAAGAGAUGUGGUGUUUGUGGACCAGCUCUUAUGGAGAAGUUUGAGCAGGAGAUUGGCUCCCGUGGACUCUCUGGAAAGGUUUUCGUUAAGCCGUGUUCUCAUAUCGGUGGGCACAAGUAUGCUGGGAAUUUGAUUGUAUUCAGCCCUGACUCAGCUGGAAAUGUUUCUGGUCACUGGUAUGGUUAUGUGACUCCUGAUGACGUGCCUGCAAUGCUUGAUCAGCAUAUUGCAAAAGGAGAAAUCAUACAAAACCUUUCCAGGGGGAAGAUGGGACUAAUACCCGAGGGUGAGGAAGCUGUGAAAGAGGAUGAGCAUAAAAUCCAAAACGGAAACGGCGUACAAGUGGAGAAGAAGGAAUUCACAGGAGGUUGUUGCCAAGGUGCAAACGGGGUUUCUUGUUGCCAAGAGCAAACUCCAGAACCAGUCAAGAAAGAAGGAUCCGUGAAGCAGAACUGGUUCAGAACAAUUGAGAAAGAAGAGCUUCUGUUGGGAGCUGCCGCAAUAGGUGCUGUAGCAACCAUAGCCGUGGCUUACAGCAUUUACAGGAAGUCAGGUCGUAUCUGUUUAACAGAUUUGUCUUCAAAUAAUGGUGGCAGUUUUUAAUUAAAAAAGUGGCCUUCAAGGUAGUAAGGCUUCAUGUGUGUGCCAAGCUUGGUCUGUUGUGGUUCUUAUUUAUUAAGCCGUUGGUUCUUUCCUUCGAAUGUUACAAAGAGUUUCGUAUUACUGGUCAAUGACAUGUAGUUUGUUAAUGUUGUUCAGAGUAAAUUGAGUGAUAUUUCGUUGA